AAAAUAGAACGGCUUUACCAGCAACCACCACUUGCCAUGGCUGAGGUUUUCUCCAAUGUCUCCGCCGUUCUGAAGGAUAACUGGCCCGAGUACCUCGCCAAUGCUCAAAUUCCAAGUUCUCGCUUCAUUCUCCUCGCCCUAAUAAAUAUCCCCGUUCUCGCCGUCGUCCUCAACGUUCUUCGACAACUUCUGCCUCAAGAUACCUCCAAACCUCCCGUUGUCUUCCAUUGGCUUCCAUAUAUAGGCUCUGCCAUCUCCUAUGGCAAUGACCCUCUCAACUUCUUUUUCUCCUGUAGAGAGAAAUACGGCAAUGUGUUUACCUUCAUACUCUUUGGUCGACGUGUGACCGUGGCCCUUGGAGCACAGGGAAACGAUUUCGUCCUUGGUGGUAAAUCGAUCGUCUUCAACGCGGAAGAUGCCUACGGAGCAUUGACGAUCCCUAUCUUUGGUGAUGAUGUUGUUUAUGCCAUUCCCAACGAUCAGUUCAUGGAACAGAAGAAAUUCGUCAAAGUCGGUCUCUCGACUGACAACCUACGCGCUUACGUCGGCAUGAUUGAAGACGAGGUUGAAGAAUUCAUCAAUAACGACACGUCUUUCCGGGUCUAUCAGGGGAAUGAUAUUGAGGAAUGGGGUUCCUUCGAUGUCUCGAAAGUGAUGUCUGAAAUUACCAUCCUCACUGCUUCGCGGACAUUGCAAGGAAAACACGUCAGAGGCAACCUGAACAAAACCUUUUCCCAGCUGUUCAACGAUCUUGAUGGAGGCUUCACUCCUGUCAACUUUCUUUUCCCAAACUUGCCUAUGGAGAACUCAAGGAGGCGAGACCGUGCUCACAAAAAGAUGAGUGAAUUCUAUGUCAACAUUAUCGAGGAACGUCGGAAGUCUGGGAAUCUUGACGAAUCGGAUAUGAUAAGUGCCCUCCUCAAACAGAAAUACCGCAGUGGAAAACCGGUUUCCGACAGUGAGGUUGCUCACAUGCUCAUUGCUCUCCUCAUGGCAGGCCAGCACACGAGUCAGGCCACUGGCGCUUGGGCGAUUCUUCAUUUGGCAGACCAACCUGACUUUGCUGAAAAGCUUUACAAAGAGCAGAUCAAACACUUCGGCACUCCAGAUGGUUCGAUUCGGUCUAUGACGUUUGAAGAGCUGCGGGAACUCCCCCUCUUGGAUGCAUUGAUUAGAGAAACGCUGCGUCUUCACCCACCAAUUCACAGUAUCAUGCGCAACGUUCGUGAUGACGUUCCAGUUCCUCCCACGUUAUCUGCUCCUUCCAAAGACGGCGUCUAUGUUGUUCCCAAGGGCCACUGGGUUUUGGCAUCCCCCGCUGUCAGCCAAACAGAUCCCCUGAUUUGGAAGGACGCGAUGACCUUUGAUCCCUACCGGUGGGCUGAUCCUGAGGGUGCCGCAGCCCAGGCCCUCAAAACGUAUGUUGAUGAGAACGGCGAAAAAUACGAUUAUGGCUUUGGUGCUGUAAGCAAGGGGACCCAAAGUCCUUAUCAACCAUUCGGUGCCGGUCGCCACCGGUGUAUCGGGGAACAAUUCGCAUAUCUUCAACUGGGAACCAUCUUGUCCACGUUGAUUCGUGAACUUGAGUUCCGUCUACCAGGUCCUGUUCCUGAAAAUAACUAUCAUACUAUGAUUCCUAUGCCGAAGGAGCCCAGAAGUGUCCACUACAGACGGAGGAAGUUUGCAAAUAGAGCAUAACGCCUAGGUUACUGCAUGUUAUUGUUUGUUAUUGGCGACACUUGGGUUGGCGUUACGAUAAAUUUAUUCAUCUAUACCAUAAUGACCACACCGUGCGAGAGAUACAACAUUCGACAUUGAGUCGCUAGUCAUCAUUGUCUUCGUCUUCUUCAUCGCUUUCAACGCCAAUUACACCACCAUUUCCUCCAUCUUCAUGC